AUGUUCAACAAUUGCUACACGUACAACCCUCCUGAGUACGGGGUUUAUAUGAUGGCGAAGAACCUGGAACAGUAUAUUCUCGCCAAGCUCGCAACGAUGCCCCCUGAAAGAAAAAAUGAAACUACUACCGCCUCAGGUAUUUUUGAAACUUUCACACUGUGCGAUACGUGCAGUAUUCCACAGGAAGUGGAAAUACCACGCCCAACUGCUAAGCGAGCUGCUGGUAAAUCGAAGAAGUCAACUGGUCGUGUUGCAGUCGUCAAAGGAGGAAGCCGUGAAUCAUCUGUAUCUGUUCAGCGUGGCGUUGCCGACAGCUCGUCGAUUUUGGAUGCUGCAGCAAAUGGAGCUAUUCAUGCUUCCGCAACAGCUACUGUAGACGAUGUUCAUCCGACGUCAUCGCAAGCGCCUGUUCAGCCUGUCCUCCCUUCGAAGGUUCAGAAAGGCGUCAAACGAAAGGCAGAUACAACAACAUCAUUUGGUGAUGAUGUCGUAACUGCGAAAAUUGCAACUCGUCGAGAAUCUGGGCGACCACCCAAAAAACCGAAUUAUUUCAUCGACUACAAUCAGUUGAAGCCGCGUUUUAAAGGAAAACAAACUGAACAAAUGAAAUUUUGUCAGCGCCUCGUCAAUGAGUUAUUCACGAAGAAGUGUAAGUCGUUUACUUGGCCAUUUCUCGAGCCUGUGGACGUUGAGGGUUUGAAACUGGAAGAUUACUAUGAUAUAGUGAAGAAUCCAAUGGAUUUGGGAACGAUUAGGAGAAAAUUGGAUGCUAAGCAAUAUGCGACACCAGAAGAGCUACGGGCUGACGUUAUAUUAGUUUGUGAGAACUGCUACAAGUACAAUCCCACAUCAGAUCCUAUCCAUCAGCAUGGUCGAGCUCUUCAGAAGUAUUUUGAGGACAAAUGGCGCCAAAUGCCUGAAGAACCAGCAGUGGUUGAUGAGGGGACAACAUCGGCGAUAGCAGCACAGGUGGCAGCAGCGGUCCCUACACCAAUAAGUCACGUCACGCCACCAGUCCAUGCGGUCACAUCUGCUUCUGCAAUAAGCAAGGAUGAAUCAGUAGUGUCUGGUCUUCCUCUUGUGCCGUUGGAUGUUUCUUCAGGUGUUAUUGACAGCGACGAACAUAUUGAUCUCAUUUUACUUGCUCUGCAAACUGAAACUGCCAAAUGUCAGGAGAAGAUAUCCGAACUUCAGCGUCAUUCUCAGGAAAUUCUGUCGUUGAGGCUAAAACGAAGAGAAGCUCAAGCAAAUCAUCUGCCAGUACCGGUCCUUUCGGCGGCCACUGUAGGCACUCUCCAGUCCUUGGUUUCAACACAGUUUUCCUUCAUUGCGAGCAGCCCAACUCCGAUGAUGAAAUCAUCCGCUGUAUAUCCUGCUGGCAGUGGUGCUGCUUCCGUGUCGCGUAAAAAACCCGGCCGUCCUGCCAGGACUUACCAGCAGCAAGUGUCAGAAUUACCUGCAGGAUUGCGUACAAAUAACGUUGCUGCGGAGAUAUCAUCUCAGGAUCGAGAACCGAAACAUGAAAUAAAUUCACCGUUGAGCAAGACUUCUUCCCAUCAACGGCAAGUCCAAAAUUCGGUGCAUGUGUCUACUCCAGUUGUACGUUCAACGGCAGCAGUUCCACCUCAGGGAACACCUCAAAAACCUUCCGAACAAAGUGUGCAAGCGUCAGUAGCGCGUAAGCGUGGUCGGCAGCCUGGUUCUAAAAACAAACCAAAAAUAGACACGACACAGUCCGGUAUGUCAGUUGCAGAUGCUGCUCCACGGCAGUCUGGAUCAAGAAGGGUGCGUGAAGAUUAUGAUUUCGAUUCGGAAGAUGAACGCACUGCAGAGCCAAUGAGUUAUGACGAAAAGAGACAACUGUCGCUGGACAUCAACAAAUUGCCGGGUGAUAAGCUCAGCAGUGUUGUCAGUAUUAUUGAAUCUAGAGAACAGCUUCCGGGUUUUAAUCCGGAGGAAAUUGAAAUUGAUUUCGAAACUCUUAAGCCGACUACGCUGCGUGAGUUAGAAGCAUUUGUUGCUGCAUGCUUGAAGAAAAAACCAAGGAAACCAUACACACCGAAGUCGCAGAAAGAAGUCGAGAUUAAGAAACGGGAGCUGGAAGAGAAAAUCAAAGGCUUAGGUGGAGUGAUCACUUCAACACCUAUAACUAUAGUUUUUAUUCUAGCACAAAACGGUGCACGAACAGAGCCGAUAACCACGGGUAAAAGCGGUGAACCAUCAUCUUCAGAAUCCUCUUCAAGUGAAGAUGACUCGUCAUCGGAUUCGUCAUCUUCGGAUUCCUCAGAUAGUGAAUCAGAGACCACAGGUAAUGCAAAAGUGGAACAUCAGGAACAGCGUACUGGUGCUGAAAAAUCACAAGGCCCUGGGCAUGCAACAAAAGAGGUGAAAUUCUGUCCCAUACUUGGUUUAAAUAGGAAAGAAAUUGAUUGUGCUCGUUGCUUCGAUGGUUUGGAGUGUACACAACGUGUACCGAAUCGGCGAUACUUUUUUGAACUAUUAGAAAUACAACUUGAAUGUGCUAAAGGAUUCGUGAUUUGGGUUAAAAAGUGUUGUUUGAAGAAGGGAACACCACCAACUCCAUCAUCUACAAACAGUCAACAACAGCAUUCAAGUCCCGUAUUACAGCAUCCUGCAAAUCAUUUUCAGUUUGGAAAUGUCAAAGAAGAGGAGCUGGAGUGCGGUAACGAUGUUUUGGCAGUGACAGGAAACCAACUCGUUGCUGUGAAUUCUAGUAAUGCGUUGUCUAAUGCAUCGCAAGCGCAACAGACACAGCCUCAAGUUUCCGGCGGAUCAAUACUUGACCAGUUGCUACCAGCAAAGCAAAAUGAAAUGGAAGACAGAACUGGUGUAAAAAAAUUGUCUGGAUGGGAUACUUUGGCAAAGAAAAGCCAGAGUGGUAGUCUGAGCAUGCAAACGUCAACGCAGUUUGAAUUAUUUCGAAAGCAUGCCAGAGAAAAGGAAGAAAAGCGUAAGCAGCUGAGAGUGGAAGAAGAACAAAGGCGUCGUUUGAAAGAACAGGAAGAAAAAGAACGUGCCAAGGACCAGGCUGCAGCUGAAACUGCUGAGCUGGAACAGAGACGACAAAAUGAACUCCUGCGUCAAAAAGAACAAGAAAGGCGACGUCGAGAAGCGAUGAGUACAGGUGGCGAUGUUACAAGCCAGAUGGAUUUAAUGCUCAAUUUUGAAGCUAAUUUCUAG